AUGGGUGCAGAACAGUCGCUGGAUGGUUCGCGCAAGAGAGAUGGAAAUAUCUCCGCAACAAUGAGCGACGAAAAGUCGGAACCUAGUUCAGAAGGAGAAGCAAAUCCACCAAAUACGUUAGGCGAUGGCAGCUCCAAGGAAUCUACAGUAAGUCCGAUUUUACCUUCUCAAUCUUCAAUCCCCACUGACCCACAGUACGCGACACCUAUCACAAGCUCUGAUCCAACGCCUAUCACUAUCACAGAACUGCAAACGGAUCCAAAUUCGCUUCCAUUCGGAGCAACUGUUAAGCACUUACCACUCGAGCAGCGAAAG